AUAUUGUUAAGGAAAAAGAAGAGAUUGGAGUGAAUUUGAAUUUUCAAUUUAUAAAUAAGGAAGAUGGCUGACGUCGAGGAAGAACUGGCUUCAGAGGCAACUGAGGCAAGCCCUUCUAAAAAAAUAAAGGAAGAUGACGACGAAUCAAAGGAGCCUUCAUCCUCACAAGACAAUUCCAAAACUGAAGAAACCCUCGAAGAAAACGAAUUCGAAAUAUGUAGUCCAUCCAACCCAUUCAAGAAGCCAAAUAUGAAUCAUUUAUCGAGUGAAAAAACUGUAAAAAGCAUCCUGAAGCCCUCUGCCUGCUCCGACCUCGCUCCAGUAAAGUCAUCUACAAGUCCUACCCCACCGGGUGGAAAAAAUUUGAAAAGCAUCCUCAAACCUGCUCUUUCAGAUUCUUUUAGAUCACCUAAUUCUUCACUAUCAAGUGGAAUACUUCGAAAAGGCAUUCUUAAAUCUCCAACACCAGUGGAUCCACCUCCAACCAAGUUUAAACUCCGGCAAAGCGGAUUUAACCCAUUCAGUAACACCACUAAUUUACUCGAUAGCAGUAGAAGUGAUAAAAUUUGUGAUAAUAAACCGAGUAAUGGUGAACUAAAGUUUAUACCUCUUGAAUCCAGGACGCAAGUGACGUCCUCCCAAACUUUUAACAUGACCUCUAUCACCUCGAUGCCAACAUUUGUAUUUGGACAAAAUAUGAGAGAAAAAGUAGUUACGGAUGGAUUGUCCUUGGCCAAUAAAGAUACGAACGGUACCUCUAUUUUUGGAUUGAAUUCCCAAGAUAAAGUAGUCAAAGGUGAUACUGAAACUUCCCCAACAUCAAAUAAUAAGAAUUCAGAUAAAACCUAUAAAACCUCAACAUUUGUAUUUGGAGAAAAUCUACAUGAAAAAGUAAUAUUAAAUAAUACUUCUCCUUCGCCUUUAAAAAAUCAAAUUGUAAAUUCGUCAAAAGUGUUUUUUGGUGGAAAUUUACAAGACAAUGGCAAGUCUUGUGAGACAUUGGAGUCAACAAGUAAAGAUACAAAUGAAACAUUAUUUAGUUCUGCGAUAAAUACUCAACUUAAAACAGACACUACAAAAGAGAAAGAAACUAAAUCUCUAACAGAAUCUGCAAAAGAAUACGAGGAAGCUAGAGCAAAUAAAAGAAAAUAUGAUGAAGUGGAAGUCAAAACUGGCGAAGAAGAAGAAAUUAAUGUUGUCAGUAUGUCUUGUAAAUUAUUUGCAUUUGACAUUUCCUCUAAAAAUUGGCAAGAACGUGGGAGAGGAACUUUGAGAUUGAAUGAUUAUAAAUUGGAUGAAUUACACCAUUAUGCAAGCAGAGUGGUAGUCAGGGCAUCAGGAAGUCUACGAGUCAUUUUAAAUACUAAGAUAUUCGCUGACAUGACUCUGGAAAAGGCAAAUGAAAAAACGAUUAGAAUGACUGGUAUAGACUCAAACGGCGAAGUUAAAAUAUUUCUUAUCAUAUCUAGCAUAGAGGAUUCGAAACAAUUAUACAUGCACCUAGUGGACCGUUUGGAAAGAGAAACCUCCGCGCAAAAAUUGCGAAAAUUAGAAACUGAGGCAUCAAGUAACAGUGAUCAAGUCAUCUCCAUUGAUGAAUAAUUUUUUAAAAUAUACUAUAAUUGUAAUUUUUUAUUGUCCUACUGUUGUAGACGUACAAUAAGCUAUACAUUUUCUCAAUUAAUUGACCUUAUCAGUCGCAGCUCCCAAACGAGUUUUGAUGUGCUGCAGAACCAGCAGAAGCAUAUUGUAUUUUGAACUAGUGUUAGGGCCUUUAAAAUUAAACUUUUCUUCAAACAUAGGCCUUUUUCAAAAUCUGUAAAAAAAAAAUGGCAUUACAAUCAAAGCAAAACAUGACAAAUGCUUUAGCAGAACAAAAAAAAACACAACAAAAAAUGAGACAUUUGAAGCAUUGCUUUCCUAACCCCUAUUUAAAGGACAUUGUGACUAAGUGGGUAUAUUAUGGCUGCGAGUGUUAACUAUUAUUCAUUGUAAUUUCAAUUUUUACAGAAAACUAUCAUUUUCAUAGUAAUUUGUUUGAAAUUAAAUUCUGAAAUAUUGUAUUAUUAAUUUCCAAAGAAAAGUUGGUAUACUAAAAGAGUUGAUUAUUGUUCAACUUUCUUUUCAUUGUAAUUUCAGUUUUCACAGAAAAUUAUUGUAUUCAUAAUAAUUUGGUUAAAAUUACAUAUUGAUUCAUAUAUUGUUAAUUUAUACAAAAGCUGAGUGGAAAUACUGGAACAGUAGUUGUUCAACUUUCUAUUUAUUUCAAUUUUUACAAAAAACUAUCAAGAUCCAUAGCAAUUUGUUUAAAAUUAAAUAUUGACUACUAUUAAUUUUAACAAAAAAGUAAGUGGGAAUGCUAAAAGAGAAUUAUUGUUCAACUUUGUAUUUGUUCUAAUUUUAAUUUUUACCGAAAACUAAGUGGGUAUACUGGAAGAGUUAAUUAUUGUUCAACUUUCUGUUUAUUGUAAUUUCAGUUUUCACAGAAAAUUAUUAUGUUCAUACUAAUUUUGUUAAAACUUAAUAUUGAUUUAUAUUAUAUUAUGUAUUAAUUUUAACAAUCAUUGUGCUACAUUCUAGAAAACUAGUGUACCU